AUGGUGACAGACCGGGUGGGGAAUCCUGAGCCGUGCCGUUGCGCCAAGACCCACAGUAAAUCAAGCCCUGUGCUAGCAGAGUGGAACUUGGAAAGGUUCAGUACUCCUUGGCAGCUUGCUGCCUUGGAAUUCAAGGUGAUUCUCAUUUUGACAAAGCUCUAUGACUAUAACCUGGGGAGCAUCACUGAGAGCUCGCUUUGGAGGUCAACUGAUUAUGGAACCACUUAUGAGAAGCUGAAUGAUAAAGUUGGUUUGAAAACAAUUCUAAGCUAUCUCUACGUGUGUCCCACCAACAAGCGUAAGAUUAUGUUACUCACAGACCCGGAGAUUGAGAGCAGCUUAUUGAUCAGCUCGGAUGAAGGGGCCACCUAUCAAAAGUACCGGCUGAACUUUUACAUCCAAAGCUUGCUUUUCCACCCCAAGCAAGAGGACUGGAUUCUGGCAUAUAGCCAAGACCAAAAGUUAUACAGCUCUGCUGAAUUUGGGAGAAGGUGGCAGCUUAUCCAGGAAGGGGUCAUACCAAACAGGUUCUACUGGUCUGUGAUGGGGUCAAAUAAGGAACCAGAUCUUGUGCAUCUCGAGGCCAGAACUGUAGAUGGUCAUUCACAAUACCUAACUUGCCGAAUGCAGAACUGCACAGAGGCCAACAGAAAUAAACCUUUCCCAGGCUACAUUGACCCAGACUCUUUGAUUGUCCAGGAUGAUUACGUGUUUGUUCAGCUGACAUCAGGAGGACGGCCACAUUACUACGUAUCCUACCGGAGGAAUGCCUUUGCCCAAAUGAAGCUGCCCAAAUAUGCUUUGCCCAAGGACAUGCACGUCAUCAGCACAGAUGAGAAUCAAGUGUUUGCAGCGGUUCAAGAAUGGAACCAAAAUGACACCUACAACCUCUAUAUCUCAGACACCCGUGGGGUCUAUUUCACACUGGCCUUGGAGAAUGUCCAGAGCAACAGAGGUCCUGAGGGCAACAUCAUGAUCGACCUCUAUGAGGUAGCAGGGAUAAAGGGAAUGUUCUUGGCUAACAAGAAGAUUGACAACCAAGUGAAGACUUUCAUCACGUAUAACAAAGGCCGAGACUGGCGUUUGCUGCAGGCACCGGACACGGAUCUAAGGGGGGACCCUGUGCACUGCUUACUGCCCUAUUGCUCACUACACCUUCACCUUAAGGUCUCCGAGAAUCCCUACACAUCAGGGAUCAUUGCUAGCCGAGACACAGCUCCCAGCAUCAUAGUGGCUUCAGGUAAUAUCGGUUCUGAAUUAUCAGACAGUGACAUCAGCAUGUUUGUCUCUUCAGAUGCAGGGAACACCUGGAGGCAGAUCUUUGAAGAAGAGCACAGUAUUUUGUAUCUGGAUCAGGGUGGAGUCCUGGUUGCUAUGAAGCACACGUCUCUCCCGAUUCGACAUCUCUGGUUGAGUUUUGAUGAAGGGAGAUCUUGGAGCAAAUACAGUUUCACAUCUAUUCCACUUUUUGUGGAUGGGGUUCUGGGUGAGCCUGGGGAGGAGACCCUAAUCAUGACCGUGUUUGGACACUUCAGCCACCGCUCGGAAUGGCAGCUGGUCAAAGUGGACUACAAGUCUGUUUUCGACCGACGGUGUGCCGAGGAGGACUACAGACCGUGGCAGCUGCACAGCCAGGGGGAAGCAUGCAUCAUGGGAGCAAAGAGGAUAUAUAAGAAGCGAAAAUCAGAGCGUAAGUGUAUGCAAGGAAAAUAUGCAGGAGCUAUGGAAUCUGAACCCUGUGUCUGCACAGAGGCUGAUUUUGACUGUGACUAUGGGUAUGAGCGACACAGCAAUGGUCAGUGUCUGCCAGCAUUUUGGUUCAAUCCAUCUUCUCUGUCAAAGGACUGCAGGUUGGGACAGAGUUAUCUCAACAGUACUGGGAGGCUGGCGCUACCUGUCCUUAGUCCUCGGCCCUUGGUCCAGUGGCGUCUGAUUUCUAGGGUUCACACCAUGGGACCACAUGUGAGCGAAGUUCUUCCAUGUUCUCCAGU